GUUCAUUCCUUUUCUCUAAUGUCCAAGCAACCAAGCCCGAACUGAGCUCCACUCUCGCCGUCACCGCUAUUGCUCCCACCAUGGCUCUCCUCCUCCUCCUCAUCACCGUCUCUCUCUUCCUCCUAUCCUCUGCCGCUCUUCCUUACCCCUACGACACCAGCUAUCACAUAGACUGCGGCGGUCACACCCCCUCUACAGACCUCUACAAUGUCACCUGGCUCCCGGACCAAUUUUUCUCCGGCGGCGCCACUGCUGUUGUAUCUGAACCCCUUCAUUUCCGCCUCCAAGUUGAGAAGACCCUUCGCUACUUCCCUCUUUCCUCCGGCAAAAAGAAUUGUUACGUAGUGCCUCUCCCUUCAGGCCGUUACUACAUCCGCACUUUUACGGUUUAUGAUAACUACGACGGAAAAUCUCACUCUCCUUCCUUCGAUGCCUCCGUCGAGGGCACUCUCGUCUUCUCAUGGCGGUCCCCCUGGUCCGAAGGCAUCGACCGUGACGGUGCCUACUCGGAUCUUUUCGCAUUCGUCAAAGACGGUGAACUGGACUUCUGUUUUUACAGCAUUGCCACCGAUCCUCCCGUCAUCGGCGCUCUUGAAAUCAUUCAGAUCGACCCGCUGUCCUACGACUCAGCAAGGACCGGUGACAGUUACAUCCUAGUCAAUUACGGGAGGUUGUCCGCUGGUUCGGACCAAUGGGGACCCGGGUUCACAUCCGACCCGGAUCCUUUCGGCCGGUCCUGGCAGUCUGACACUGAAUUCCUGAACCAGAAUUCAAAAUCCGCAAGAACAAUCACCACCGAGGAGAAAAUCUUCGGUACCGAUCAAGCACCGAAUUAUUUCCCGAUGAAACUUUACCAGUCGGCGGUGACGAUAAGCGGCGAUCUGGAGUACGAAUUAUCAGUGGAUGCAAAGCUUGAUUACUUGCUCUGGUUCCAUUUUGCGGAGAUCGAUUUAACAGUUAAAAAGGCAGGGCAAAGGGUGUUUGACCUGAUGGUCAACGAUGUGAAUGUGAGUAGAGUGGAUAUAUACAAGGAGGCUGGGGGUUUCGCGGCUUACAGUUUGAUUUAUACGGUGAAGAAUUUGAGCAGCACCGUGUUGAGCGUGAGGUUGGCGGCAGUGGUCGGGGCGCCGUUGCUCAGUGGUCUUGAGAAUUACGCUAUGGUUCCAGCUGAUAUGUCAACGGUUCCUGAGCAAGCUGUUGCUAUGAGGGCACUGAAAGAAUCACUGCGUGUUCCUGAUCGUAUGGGUUGGAAUGGUGAUCCUUGUGCACCCACUAAUUGGGAUGCUUGGGAGGGAGUUACAUGCCAUCCCAACCAGAAUGAUACUGCCCUUGUCAUAACCCAAAUAGAUCUUGGAAGUCAAGGUUUAAAAGGGUAUAUCAGUGACCAGAUUAGUCUUCUGUCAAACUUGGUAAACCUGAACUUAAGUUCUAAUUCUUUGACUGGUAUUCUACCCGUUGGGCUUGGUCAAAAAUCUCUGAAACGACUUGAUUUAUCAAACAAUCAAUUUUCAGGUUCCAUACCAGAGAGCUUAACUUCCUCAAAUAUGCAGCUUGUACUACUCAACAAUAACUUGUUGGAGGGGAGAGUGCCAGAGGACCUUUAUUCAGUUGGUGUGCAUGGCGGAGCCAUUGAUCUCUCAGGUAACAAAGGUCUGUGUGGCGUACCUUCUUUGCCAGAUUGUCCUCUAUUUUGGGAAAAUGGCCACUUAUCGAAGGGUGGUAAAAUUGCAAUAACUCUAUCAUGCCUGUUCUUUGUUGGUGUCGUGGUGCUGGUUGUAUCUAUAAUCUGCAUCAGGAGGCAUAGAAAUGAUUAUGACUUUGGUCUACCUCAAGAUUUAAUGUCACUUGCCGCAAAGAGAAACAGAUAUCAAAGACAAAAGUCCUUGAUGCUUCUUGAAAUGGAGAGCCAACACGCUAAAGGAUUACCAUCAAUCCCGCUAAAUUCUCAAUAGUAGUCUUCUUGUAAAGGUACAGAACUGAUUUUGAUAGUUAAACAACACACCAAGAUGGCAUAGGGGGACCAUGAUUGUGAUUAAAGGCAAAAUACUAUCUUUUAAGUCCCUCUUCAGCUUCAAAAAAGAUGAGUUGGGGCCAGCUUCUUUCAACAGUGUAAACCAAAAUGAGUCUUUGAGGGCAUACCGUGUGGAAAAUGCGUUGCAUCUCAUUCUUUUUCCUCACUGAUAAAGGCAUAAGCCCCCUACGGUGCAUUAUAUCUUUACAGCAUUUGGUGAAAAAUACGCCAUAAAUUGACAGUUCAAUGUUUGUAAAUGACAACACUAAUUUAUACCCAAUGGUCCCAGUUAGUUCAUUGAUGCUUUUAUAAGCUUAUUCUUUCCUAGUCCCAUACAGAUACAGUGAACAUGCUUAGUGAUCUACACUUUUUUCCAACUGAAUGUUACGUAAUCAUUGUAAAUUGUAGUGAAUUUAUGCAUAGUUUCCAGUUUGCCUAACUCUUUCUUUGUUUAUCCGGUACAAGUUGAACUCUCUUGAUUGCACAAUUCAUAAACAGAAUGACAGAAU